AUGAGCCACGACAGCACCGGCAGCAGCAGCCAGCCCCAUCUGCUGGGCUCCAACCCCACCCCGUGGGAACCGGAACCGGAGCCUCACGACGAGAAGAAACCGAUCCACCCGAAAGACGAGUACGAGCCGGAAUGGGUGCACGGGUUGACGCUGGUGAUGGUAAUUGCGGGGAUCACGCUGGUCGUGUUUCUGAUGUUGUUGGAUGUGUCGAUUGUUUCGACGGCAAUCCCCAAAAUCACGAGUCAAUUCAACUCCCUCGAGGAUGUAGCCUGGUACGGCAGUGCAUAUACAAUCUCCAGUGCCGCCCUGCAACCCCUCACCGGAAAAUUCUACACCUACUUCUCCUCGAAAUGGACCUUCCUCUCCUUCUUCGGGCUGUUCGAGCUGGGCUCCCUGAUCUGCGGGGUGGCCACCUCGUCCAAGAUGCUGAUCAUUGGGCGCGCGGUGGCCGGGAUGGGGUCGUCGGGGAUGCUGAACGGGGCGCUGAACAUCCUGGCCGGGGCGGUUCCGAACAAGAAGCGGCCGGCAAUGAUCGGGGUGAUCAUGGGGGUGGGACAGCUCGGCCUCGUAGGCGGGCCGUUAGUCGGCGGUGCAUUUACAACCUACUCGACCUGGCGGUGGUGCUUCUACAUGAACCUCCCCAUCGGCGCUCUAGUCGGCGCUCUCCUCCUCUUCACCCGCAUUCCCGACCAAAAACCCAAACCGCCCGCGCGGGAAGUGCUGCAAUCGCUGUUCCUCCAGAAAUUCGACCUGGUGGGGUUCGUGCUCUUCGCGCCGGCAUCGAUCAUGUUGCUGCUGGCGCUACAGUACGGCGGCAACAGCUACGCGUGGGACAGCGCGACGGUGAUCGGGCUGUUCGUCGGGGCGGCGGCGACGUUCGCGGUUUUCGCGCUGUGGGAGCGGCGGAUGGGCGCUGAAGCGAUGAUCCCGGGCCACCUGGUGUGCGACCAGAUCGUGCUGAGCAGUAGUCUGCUGUCGAUGGUGAUCUUCGGGUUCACGAUGACGCUGUCCUACUACCUGCCCAUCUACUUCCAGUCGGUGCGGGGCAAGUCCGCACUGGUGAGCGGGGUGAACCUGCUGCCGAAUAUACUGUGUCAGUUGGUGAUGGCGGUGGUCUCGGGGGUUUUGACCUCGAAACUCGGCUACUACCUCCCCUGGGGCGUGCUGGGCGCCAUCCUCGACUCCGUGGGCAACGGCCUCCUCUCAACGCUGGGCCCGCACACCUCCGUCCCCAAGUGGGCGGGAUACCAGGCCCUUGUAGGGUUUGGCCGCGGCGCGAUUUCGCAAGUCCUAACAGAACCAAAGCCAAUGAUCGCCAUUCAGAACGCAGUGCAAGGCGACGAUGUCUCGACGGCGAUGGCGAUGAUGACCUGCGCGCAGACGUUCGGGGGCGCGAUCUUCCUGGCGGUCGCCGAAGUGAUCUUCGCGCAGGCGUUGCGCACGGAGAUCCCGCGGUAUGCGGCGGGCGUCGACGCGGCGGUUGUCAUCCAGGCGGGCGCGACGGGGUUCCGGUCGGUGGUAUCGUCCGAAGACCUGCCGGCGGUGGUGCGCGGGUUCGCCAAGAGCGUCGAUCAAGUGUUCUAUCUGACGACGGCGCUGUCGGUGGCGCAGUUUGUGUUCGCGUGGGGGGUCGGGUGGCGGAGUGUGAAGAAGGAGAAGAAGGAGGAAAGGAUUGAGAUGGAGGCGUGA